GCCCGGCACGAACGCCGCUGCCUCUGGCCAUGUCAUGCCUUAAAAUAGCUGCUGCUCCAUCCGCCUCCCGCAGCCGCGGCAGCGAGACAUGGCCGACCGCGGCUGAUCCCGCCGAGCCCCGGCUCCCGGCCCUCGCCCAGGACCGUGGGUGGCAGCAGCAGCACAAGUGACCCCCAGGCCCCCGUCCGGCCUCCCCGUCCCCACAGGCAUGCCUUGUGGGGCUGGGCAGCGCCCAUGGCUUUCCUGUCCAGGCUCUACAGGAGCAGCAGCAGGUCCCCGAGCCGCGCCCCGCGGGACGAGCGCGGCAGCCACCCCAUCCUCAGCGUCUUCGAGCUGGAGCGGCUGCUCUACACCGGCAAAACCGCCUGCAACCACGCCGACGAGGUGUGGCCAGGCCUCUACCUGGGAGACCAAGACAUCGCAUCCAACCGGCGGGAGCUGCUGCAGCUGCGCAUCACCCACGUGCUGAACGCCUCGCACUGCCGCUGGCGCGGCGGCGCCGACUACUACGAGGGCACGGGCAUCCGCUACCUGGGCAUCGAGGCCCACGACUCCCCCUCCUUCGACAUGAGCCCCUACUUCUACCCCGCCGCUGACUUCAUCCACCAGGCCCUCAACGAAGGGAGGAUCCUCGUGCACUGUGCCGUCGGGGUCAGCAGGUCGGCCACCCUGGUCCUCGCCUACCUCAUGAUCCGCCACCACAUGCCCCUGGUGGAAGCCAUAAAGACGGUCAAGGACCACCGCGGGAUCAUCCCCAACCGCGGCUUCCUGCGCCAGCUGGUGGCCCUGGACAACGCCCUGCGGCUCAAGAGGAGCUCCUGAGGGGCUGGCACUGUGUGAGCUCUGCCUGUGGGUCCCCCCAAAGCCUCCCCCCAGCUCAGGGGGUCCCCCCGUGGUCCAGCCCAGACCCUCCACCUGCAGUUCUGCCAUGGCCUCCUUCCCAGCCCGCUCGCUCCCAGACGCCUCCGG